AUGUCCAUACCUCGCACUAUCCGCCAAGUUUUCAUUGCCACUGAGCAAGCAGAGGGUGCAGGUGCCCGCGUCCGCAGAUCAAUCGGUACCCAUAAACUGCGGAAUUUCAGCCCAUUCCUGCUACUCGACCACUUUACAAUCGGCAGCGGCGCCGGAUUCCCAGACCAUCCACAUCGAGGGCAGGAGACUAUCACCUACCUUCUGUCCGGAGGCGUAGAUCAUGAAGACUUUGCCGGACACAAGGGCACAAUCGGUCCCGGCGAUCUCCAGUUCAUGACUGCCGGCAGGGGUAUAAUGCACGCGGAAAUGCCCCAUGAGAAUCCGGACGGGAGUCCGAACGUUGGCAUGCAGCUGUGGGUUGAUUUACCCGAGAAGUUGAAGAUGUGUGAACCUCGAUACCGUGAUCUGCGUGCGACAGAGAUUCCGGUGGUGAAUGUCGAUGAGGGUAAGGUUUCCGUUAAGGUGAUAUCUGGGCAAUCGCACGGUGUCGAUUCCGUGCGUGACUUGGCCUACACCCCCGUCUGGAUAUUCGACAUCACGAUACGCCCGGGAGGGAAGAUUUCGCAAAUGCUCCCGCAGGGGUGGAAUUCAUUUGCAUACACGCUGAGCGGCACUACGAGCUUUGGCGCAGCUGGCGAAUCGAACCUCACUCCGACAUCUUCCCUAGCAAAUCCUUCACCUGCUAAAGCUGUGGGCUCCUUCUAUAACAUCGUAUUCAACCAGGCUGGUGAUUUUGUGCAGGCUUCGAAUGCAGAGGAUUCGAAAGAGGACUCGCGGUUUAUGCUUGUUGCUGGCCAACCUCUCGAUCAGAAAGUUGUGCAGUAUGGUCCGUUUGUGCUGAAUAGCAAUGAGCAGGUGCAGCAGGCCAUGAUAGAUUAUCAGACCAAUUCCAAUGGUUUUGAAAGGGCGAAGGGAUGGCGGAGUGAAAUUGGAAAAAGAAUGGGGUAG